AUGCAGCGGCAACGGAAGAAGCACUGGGCGGCGCGUCGGGUGGGCUUCUGUUGGGCGGCAGCACUUCACGCGCCCUUGCCUCGAUCCGGCGAGGCAUCUUGCGUUACGGUCCUCAAGUGCAGGUGCGGGCGCUGUCGUCCUCACACUAGCCUCUUAAGGGACAACGGUAAACGUUCCUCAAGUGUCCGGCAGACCACACUGAGGGAACGCUCUGAUGCUGGCCAGGGAGGCGGAGGUGUUGGGGGGUUGUUGACUUUACACGGCUGGGAGAGUGAAGACACGAUGUUUUGCACGAUGGGCUGUGUCUAUGCGGCGCAGUCUUACAUACGGCAGAUUGAAGAGCUGAUCGGCAAGCCCCCCGCCCCGAUGCUGGUGGGCAGGAGCGUGAGUGGGUCCAGCGUGGGCCUUCGGUGGAGCGGUGCCCCCGAGGUGGAGGACGUCAAGUACCUGGUGCAGUAUCAGCAGAACAAGGGGCCUCCCGAGUGGGUCUAUUACAGGCCUAGUCACCCGGUCAACGCUACGGAGAUUAUUGUGGAGGAUCUGAAGCCUUAUACCAAUUCCGCAUUGCCUGGCUGGUUCUGCCUCGCCACACGCCCAUCCUCUCCAACCCGAGUUCGUGGAUCAGCACCCUCGCCUCGGGGCCCUCCUCGCUCGCCGCCGCGGGAACUCCGGGCUGUGCCUCUCGAUUGGUCCCGCGUGGAGGUGUCGUGGGAUCCGCCUCUCUUCCCCGGCGGAGAUCUCAUCUCGUACACGCUCUAUUCCAAGGAUGCUGAGGGAAAACAGGAGAUGAGGGAUAACAUUGAUGCUAAUAGUGAGAUGAGAUAUAUUCUCUCGGAAUUAUCGGCAAACACAACCUACAUCCUGAACCUCACCUCCACCAAUCACCGAGGAGAAGGACCAGCUGUUGUUGCUCAAGUGACAACCUAUCCUACAGCUCCUGCUGUUGACGAUGGCCAGGGUUACCUGCUACUUACCUCAGGGUCAAGGAUCUUAAAACUAGGACUGGAUAUUACGGACGCUCCUCAACAUCUGUACAACGUAUCGGAGCACCUCAAUAUUACAGGAAUGGCUGUCUAUAUUCCCUACGACGUGAUCUACAUCAGUGACACAGGCGGUUCCAUCACGCAGCUGAUCCCAUCUUCGAAAAAAGUCUACACGCUAUUGACUCAAAACCGCCUCCACGGCUACCCACUGAGCCUCUCCGUCGACUGGCUCUACUAUCACCUCUACUACAUCGUGCACUUAGAGCCUACAAUGAACAACGUGUGGCAGUUAUGGAGGUGCAACCUGAACGGAAAAUAUCCAGUGCUGGUCUACGGGGAACUCCGUUACGAGCCGAAGCAUCUACAGGUGGACCCUUACAAUGGAUACAUCUGGUGGAUCUCCGAAGACGUGGACGGGGGGCUGUACCGCCUUGACAUGAACGACAGCGACGACACGAGGGAGCCCGAGAUCGUGCUGAGUUCGCCGGAGCUGGAUCUGGGCGGCCUGGUGCUCGACCCGCCCAACUUCCAGGUCCUCGUGGCAGACAGGAAAAACAACGCGAUGCUGGCUGUGUCUCUGGACGGCACCUCGGUUACCAACCUACGUGCCAACACCCAACGCGCCUUCUUCCAGCACCUGAAGUCGGUCGUGCACCUGAACAGCCGCUUCUUCUGGACUGAUGGCAGUGAAGUCUACACGGAGGAGCUCAAUGAUGGCACCUUCUAUCAUAUCAGAACUCACUGCGUCCCUGCGCGUGAUGAAGUGCACCGGCUUGGACCUGCGCUUAGGUUCAAGCUGUGUGUGUCGUGGUCCGCGCUAUGUGCGAUGGUGUUAGAAUAUGUUGAUGCUGACCACGGCUUGAUUUAUGUUGAUGUGGCGUUGAGCUCACGUGCAUGGCAAAUGUGGCGGUAUGAGGUUCACAUCCAGGAAGGGCGGAAGACAAUUUCGGACAAAAACAUAACAACGACAACAUACCAGGCCGUUAAUCUAAGGCCGGGAACUUUUUAUAUCAUCAAGGUCCAGGCGUACUCCCUCGGGGGAAAGGGGCCCUGGAGUCGGGAGUUCCGAGGUCGUACUUUAGACGCCACGGACGAUGCUCCUCAGUUGGUGUGGGCGACGGAGGACAAGAUCGUCAUGUCGAACCUCGUCGGGAGUGACAGCUCGGUGCUCGUGCCGCAGGAAACGUUGCAGGAAGAUUCUAAUUCCCAAGCUCAUCAACGAAUCCAAACCCAACUGAAGCCCUUCACGCUAACCCUCUCUCAUCUCUUAUCUCUCUCGCAGACGAAGCUGAAAGGCGAGAAGAUCGUGGACCUGGCUUUUUUUCGAGAUACUCUGGUUAUGGCUGUGAGCAACCAGAGCGUCUUCCUGAUGAACAUGACAGCCUCGACGUUUGCUGAAGUGCCCAACACUCACGGCGUCCUCUCGGUGUCCGUGGACUGGCUCACGCAGCGCCUCUUUUGGGCUAAUCCUCACAGGCAGAUGAUCGGCUGGUCGAGCCUGCAGGGGACGUCGCAGGGGCCCCUGAACGUGGUCACGGCAGCCAGGGAGGUCCGCGUGGACGCCCUUCACGGCCGCCUCUUCUGGACGACGCCCCACGCCCUCCUCGUCUCGACUCUGGCGGGCAGGAACGUCUCCACGAUCCACCAGGAAGGCAUCUUCAGUGGCAAGCAGGUGUAUGGGCUGACGGUGGAUACCUUUGGAGCGCGUAUUUGGUGGAUUGUUCGAGAUGCCGAAGGUUGUAAGCUGUUUGGCGCAUCGAUGAAGGACAAGGUUGUUAAGUUUCCAACCAAGGCGCUUCCACAACCGGUUAUGCUUGGUCCCAUGUGGUACCUCAGCGAGCGCCUCCUGUGGCUCGGCGAGGACGGGGACCUGGUGGUUUCGGACACGAGCCUCAACAACUCGGCCGCCCUGCACACCUCCAGCCUGGCCAACGUGCUCGAGCCUCACGUGAUCCCAGGCCAGAUCGACGAGACCUCCGUAGUGGUCGAGGGGACGUGGGAGGAAUUCGUGCUCAGGUGGUCUCCCAUCACCAACAUCAACUACGGCAACCUGCUGUACGAGGUCAUCAUCGACAAUGGCGCCGGCAAGAAGGCGAUCCUGACCAGAAACAACUCCAUUCCUUACGAGGAGAAGUUGCCUCCAUAUUCUCCCCUGAAGUUGUCAGUGAGGGGCAUCACGGACUGGAGUGUCGGCACGAGGCUCAUCAAGACGAUACGGACACCAGCGUCCUUGCCCGGCCCUCCUCAGGACCUGCGGACGUUCGUACAGAAGGUGCAGGACACAGUUGCCAUCAUUCACUUGCGCUGGUCGGCCCCCGAAAAGCCAAACGGGGAGAUAACAUCAUACGAGGUGAUCUACUGCGCCGGGGAGAGCGACGGGGAAUGCAGGAGCGUUUCGGUGGAGGGGAGCCAGAACCAGGUCAUGGUGGAGAACCUCAGUCCCGAUCAAGUCUACAGGUUCAAAGUUGCCGCUGUGAACGAAAUAGGCAAAGGGCCUUACAGUUCCGAUGUGACAGAGGGCCUGCAGCAGCACAUGCCCACUCCUUCCCUCAUCGUGGUCGCCGGUGAAGCCCUGAUGAAGCUAGACGCCGACCUGCAGGAGGAGAGGGAGAUCCUGAGUGAGAAUUCGAGAGUGCAGUGGGUGUCCGCUCUCCUCUCCAAUUCCUCCUUCGCUUGGAUGGACAUGAACUCUGACGUUUAUAUUACGCAUUUAACCACGAAUUAUACGGAGAGGCUCCUCCGUCUAGGCGGCCAGGGCGUGGGUUUGGCCGCAGACUGGGUCGGGGAGAUCAUCGUGUGGGCCGAGAGACCGUCCGUGGGCUCGCGGGAUAUCAACCUCCAGAUGCUCGAGAUCGAAUACAAGACCAGGAAAUCCCUCGCCAAAAUCAACUUGAGUGAUCCCAUCAAGAAAUUCUUGUUGUCACCCGCCACGAGUCAAGUUCUUAUGCUCCACGAUAGCUAUAGAGGUUCGAAACUCUCAAUAGUGAGUUUUGCUUACUCAAAAGUCGUGCAGGAUGUGUUUAGCCAAGAAAGGAAUUUGGAAUGCACUUGCUCGAAGAACCCUAGUCUUGUGGGCGGAGUUGCCUUGGACACGACCAACCUCACGCAUCCCGCCCUGUACUUCGUGGCCGGCGGGAGCUCCAGUGAAACCCCCAGGACGACGGUCGUGUACAAAACGGACUUGCACGGUUGUGACUGCGAGCCGGUGUUUGUGCCGGAGGACUUUGGUUAUGGGCCUUGCGUCGAAAUAGCAGUGGACUUUGCUCAUCUCUACUGCUACGUGGGUGUUAACCAGACCCUGCUGUGGCUCCCCAAAACGGGCACUGUCUCUGCUGACUCCCUUCAUGCACAAUAUCUUUACAAUGCAACGUCCCUCAUCCCUCUGGAUCUUGCAACACAACCAAUGCCAGAACCCGAGUGCCUCAUAACCUCGAACUACACAGACCUCCCUGAACUAGCGGGCAGUCAAGAAACAGCCAUUGCCAUCAAGCUGAAAAUUCCCGAAGUCAAAGUCGACAUGUGUGGAAACCUACCCUUGCCCCCCGUUAUGUACACUGUGUACUAUGCCCCCGUGUCCCACUCUGACGAAGGCUCUUGCGUGACGGACGCGAAGAACUGUAGGCAGAGGAGGAGUACAAACAACGUCAUCACCGUGGACGGGCUGCAGCCUUUCACACGAUACGUUUUCCGAGCUUCCGUUGAAACGGUCUACAACAACAGACUGGGAAUCAUAUCUAUUGCCAGUCCUUCUGCCAUAUUCAAGACUAAAGCAAAAGCCCCCGAGAGCGUGGGCAAGAUCACGGCCGAGGUCCUGUCGCCCGAGGAGAUCGACGUGAGUUUCGAGUCCGAGGCCGACCAGGUGUACGAGAUCCACUGGCAGGGCGAGGCGUCGAGCGCGGGGCCCCUGCGCUUCCACGUCAACAGCACGGGGAGAUUCCAGAAGAAGAUCACCAAGCUGAGUCCCAACACGAAGUACGAGGUUUGGGUGAGAGUCUACUCCAAGGACAAGCUCCUGUACACAGACAGCCCAAGAGUGGCGGUCAUCACGCUGCCGGAAUUGCCUUACCUGAAACUCGAGAAUGCGACAGCCCGCGCCCUCUACGUCUCGUGGAUUUCGCCUUCAGAUCACUCCGUCCUUCGCCAUGUUGUCGAAUACAUACCCCGGGGACAGACGCUAUGGAACCACCUGUCCAUGGUACAAACAUCACCCGGACAGAAGUAUUUAGCCAACAUCACCGACCUUGUACCGGCCACCUCGUAUUUACUGAGACUGAGAGUGAUUUACAAUAAUACUCUCCACUCUUUCACGUGGCCGAGGAAGCCUUUGUUCAAUUUUACAACAUUAGGCGAGGUCCCAGGCGAACCCGGGCAGGUGAUGCGGCAGACGAGCGCCCUCUCGUCCAGCGUGGGCCUGCGCGUGUGGUGGAGGAAGGCGCAGUCCAACGGGGCUCCUGUCAUCGCUUACACACUGCAGGCGGCUCCUUACACCUCCGACCAGCUGGAUGGGAAUAGGACCUUCACUACGGUCUACAAUUCGACGGAAAACUACUGGCUGAUAGAGGGCCUCGAGGAGUCCUCCAGCUACAUCUUCCGCGCUCGGGCCAUCAACGAGCUGGGCGUCGGGCCGUGGGGCAAGGAGAACCUCAUCGACACCGUGAUCGGCCCCAAGAUGCUGCCCCAAACAGACCUGCCCACGAUCCUCGCUUCCACCAUUCCAACAUCUUUCGUCUUCAUUGCCUUCUUGCUGUUCUGUCUGGUUUAUGGUAUGAAGAGAGCCGAGAGGAGGAGGAAAGUCAAGGCUGUGUCGGUGAGCGAGUCAUCACACCCUCACCAUCAUCACCUGAGGAACAGAGAGGUCGAACUGGCCACGCUUAGACAGCUCCCCACCAACAACAACUUCGUGACUGAGAACAAUGUGUUGUACAACCUUCAUACUUUCCCUGACUCUCCGCAAGGGCGCCACGGAGGCCGAGAAAGCCGAGUUCCUGAAGGAGGCUCAGCUGAUGAGUCACUUCCAGCACGAGCACAUCCUCCGUCUGCUCGCUGUGUGCACCGACCACGACCCCUUCUUCCUCAUCCUUGAGCUGAUGGAAGGAGGCGACCUACUGUCCUACUUACGCACUAGUCGAGGGGCCGAAUGUGGCUUGACCUUAGCUGACCUUGUGGCGAUGUGCGUGGACGUCGCCAAGGGGUGCGUGUACCUCGAGGAGAUGCACUACGUCCACCGUGACCUUGCCGCCCGGAACUGCCUCGUGUCGACGACCGACCCCGAAUCGCGCAUCGUGAAGAUCGGAGACUUCGGACUCGCGCGGGAUAUUUACAAGAACGACUACUACAGGAAGGAGGGUGAGGGACUCUUACCCGUGAGGUGGAUGUCCCCGGAGUCCUUAGUUGACGGCGUGUUCACCAGCCACUCCGACGUCUGGGCGUUCGGUGUCCUUCUGUGGGAGAUCCUGACGCUGGGACAACAGCCGUAUCCUGCGCGGACGAACCUCGAGGUCCUUCACUAUGUCCGCAGCGGAGGACGCUUGAACAGGCCUCCUAAUUGCCCCGAGGAACUGCAUAAACUGAUGGAAAGGUGCUGGAGUUACAGCCCAGAGAACAGACCGACGUUCAAGGAAUGCCUGAGUACUUUGCUGAUGUUGGAGGAGACCAUUUCAGCCUUACCUGCCCUUGCCGUUCACAACGUGCAUUAUAUUGGGUCAAAUGGUCCAUAUGGCUUAGAUAACCUGGCUUAUGCUGUAGAUCGAGAUGAGAACCACAAUACCAAUUCAGGCAACUCCCUGGUGAGCGCCAACGGCUGCUCCGCGACCAACUCGUGGUCCACGCAGACGAGCAGCAGCGUGGCCAACCUGGGUCCGCGGAGAGGCAGCGGCCCCGAGGACCGAGCCCUGGGAGGCGAGGCCGAGGAGUGCGACUCCUUCUCGGGGGCGAGCACGCUGCCUCUGACGGCCCCGCUCAGGAGGCACCAGCAGUACCUGCAGCUGGUGAACGAGCCCUCGCCCACGUCGCCGCCCGUGUCCCCGCGGAGCGAGGCGUCCUCGGACUGGCCAAGGUUCUCGUCGUCCGCAGAGGCUCCUCCGUCGUCGACCAGCCUCAUCGCGGCCGCCCAGGCACCCUCUUCGUCGUCGCCGCCGGGUACGAGCCACGCGUCGCCGGUGCCCGAGUCGCCGACCAGCGUCACCUUCACCUUCCCUCUGCCCAGCCUGCAGAGCGUCGUGUCACCGCAGCACUACCUCAGGCCCUCCAGCAACAAGGUGUUCGCGGGGCCCUCGCGCUCGGGGUCGUCCGAGAACGAGGAGGAGCUCGACGCCGGCUUCAGCCCCGCGCAGGCCGACAACUCCUACGUCAACAUGUCUGCCGGGGCGGAGCUGAAGCUGAUGGACGAAGUCACAGAGGCCGCAGACUUGGAGAAAAUCAACGGCGUGAACAUGAGAAUCAAAAGAGACAGUGACUUGCAAGCGGAACUGGACAGCCAUCGGCUUAGUGGGCUGUCAGGCCUGUCAGCCGUCAGCGGGAUGACGUCAGCCUCGACCGUCGACCUCGACCACAGUCCCAGUCAGUCAUGGUGUUGAGAGUGACGAGACUUCGCGGCUGUCUCGACAUAAUGAAAUACUUAACACAGAGGGUAUUGAGCUUUUAAGACUUGAAUGUUGUCAGACUUCUGAUGCCAACGUUUGUUUAUAGGUUAAAUCCUCAUUCAAGAUACCAAACAACCUUUAUGUUAUGUGUGUUCCAUUUAGCUCCCUAUGUUUUCCGAACUUGUAAAA